AUGCAACAUUUUUUUUUUUUUGGGGGGGGGGUUGGGGGUACCGGUACUCACACAAAACAUUGAAUAACAGUUGGAGGCAAUGUUUUGUUACACCGUUACACGACACGGAACUCCAUUUCUUAUAAUUCACCUUUCAUUUCUCCUUCCUUCUCAGCCUCCUGUUUGUUUUCUCUUAUUUUUUCCGCAAUCUAAUCUGAUGAUCAUGUGUACCGGUACCGUACUAAUACUUACCGAUAUACACGCUGAAUGCAUACACAUGCCGCGGCUGCUGAUACUAUCGGCAUCGUACUCUGUCGAUGUCGCGAUCGGGCCGAAUUCUCUGAUUGUGCCUUUAUAUCAUCAUGUCAUCUGAAAGAAGUGAGCCUGAUGUACAAGAACAACUGCAUAAAUAUGUCAAAUUAAAACAAUAUCAAGGUAAGUUAAUUUUUUGUCAGCAGCUGCAGAAGAAUGUCAACAGACCAGCAAUGUCAGCUUAGACAAUCUAAUCAGAAAUUGCAAAGGCUGUGUAGGACUCGUUCAGCAGCUGGCAGACAAAGAAGAGGACAGAUCAAGAAAGAUAGCAUUGGAGCAAUUGAUGACCAGUGUUGGCCACUCCCUAGGCUUACUUCAAGCAAAGAAAGAUCAACUGAAUAAAGGACAAGAAACCUGUGUUAAAGAUGCAACAUCAACAUCAACAGACAAUGCUGCUGAUAGUCACAAGACACAACGGAAGCUCAUAGUUGAAGACACAAUUAUCAGGAAAGGAAGCAUCAGCUUCCAAGAUGUAGCUGGACUAUCUGAAGCCAAGGAAAUCCUAAGAGAGGCAAUCAUCAUGCCCAUACAAUACCCUCAUCUGUUCACAGGUGGAUUAAAACCAUGGAAAAGGAUUUUACUGUAUGGCCCUCCAGGUACUGGGAAGUCGAGGCUUGCUCAGGCAGUGUCUCAAGAAAUCAAUUCUACAUUCUACUGUGUUUCAAGUGCUGAUCUCAUUUCUAGCUGGGUUGGUGAGAGUGAGAAAAUAAUCAAGGAGUUAUUCCAACAUGCAACUCAGCAGCAAGGACGAUCGGUGAUAUUUAUUGAUGAACUUGAUAGCAUAUGUCGGAGCCGAAGUUCUUCAGAGGAAGAGCACACAAGGAGAGUAAAGACAGAGCUACUCAGGCAAAUGGAAGGUGCGGAUAACAUGGCAUCCGUCGAGCAGAUCUUCCUCCUGUGUGCUACCAACAGACCUUGGGAACUGGACUCUGCAUUCCUUAGGAGGUUCCAGAAGAGAAUAUACAUUCACCUACCAGAUAGAGAAGCAAGGAAAGUUAUUCUCCAACUCAACACAGCUUCUCCCAGUGCAGUAUUUUCUGAAAAGGAUUUGGACACAUUUACUGAUAAAACAGAAGGCUUUUCUGGGAGUGACCUUUCCAAUCUCAUCCUCUCUGCUCUCUAUGAACCUGUCCGUGAAGUACAAAAGGCAACACACUGGAAGGAAACUACAGAUGGGAAGUUUACACCCUGCGAUGAAUCUGAUCCAGAUUCCAUUCAACAGUCUAUGAGGGAUGUACAGCCUGAGCUUGUCCAACCAAGGCAGCUUACUAUACAGGAUUUUCUCAAAGCACUCAGUACAAGCCAAGGAACCAUCAGUCGGGCAGAGCUGAACAAAUUUACAGAGUUUACACAGAAAUUUGGACACUGUGGAUAGAUUUCAGAUUAUGGUACCUUACAUGUACAUUUCAGAGUAAAGUAAGACCUUUUUUCCAAGUUGACUACAGUGUUUGGCACUGAUAUUAAGUCAGUUAAACUUUUCCAAGUCUGCCAUACCCUCCAGUACAGUUCUCUUUGUUUGAUAGUACCAUGUUAUUACUUUGAAGAAUUUUUGAAUGGGUCAGUUUUUAUUAGCACCAUGUCCCAUCAAUCACUACACUUUUCUUAAUAUGCAGAACUACAGGAAAUCUGCCAAACUCAAAUCUAUUGGAAAUUUGUUCGAUAUUUGACUCAUAUUCUGCAGCAGUAGUGUGCACAGCCUAUGCAUAGUUUGCAUUUAUGUAGCUACAUGUAGUGCAGUAAAUUGAAUUGUAUUGCGAUGUCAUAUAACAGUAGAAAGAGACAUAUUUGAUGCUGUCUAUGCAAUGAUAUUACUGUUGCAUGUUGAGCUUCCCAUUCGCUUGCAUACAAGCUGAGUAGGUAUUGUAUCCAAUUUGGUCUAAAAAAUUGGCUUGGGUGAAAAUUUAACUUAUAUGCAGGGUUACCUGUAUAUCUGCAUUCAAGAGAUAUAUCAGUAACCACUUUAUGGAUCAAAUAUGUUGCAUUUAUUUUGUAUUAAAUUGUACUUGUUUUUCUGUUUUUAACCUAUUAUUGUACAUACCUAUUAAUUUGUGAUUGUUUCUUAUUGAAUGCUUUGAAUUGAUUUGGAAAUAAAGUUUACCUAAAGGCCCAGUCAAAUAUAGCCAGACGCAUGGCCCGCACGUUGAAACGGAAAAAAUGAUAGGUGCGUCGUUGUGCGCCCAACUCCUGUAAUGAAUCUGGGAAAGGCGCAAAUGAGCUUGCAACGAAUGCAUUAUGCGUUGCCAACGUGCUGCGCGUAUAUUGGGUGCAUACAGACGGUACAUAGAUCACAUUAGAACUCCCAACCAAUGCACUACGUGUUUCAAGCUUGUAGGACGAAUGGCCAGCGCUUGCACUGUGCGUUCAACGUAGUCCGCAAACAAUGGCAUGCAGUCACGUGACUGGCCGCCCAUUACGAAAAUAAUGAAAUUGUGUAAAAAAUGAUUCCAAAUCAACUUCCAAUCAUAAUGUGACUCUCCUGUAUGCAUGGAUUCACUGACCCCUAUAACAUAGGUAACUACUCUAAAAGUGUGUGAAAGUCCCAUAAAAUGACUAAAUUGUGGGUGAAAAUGAGAUUUUCCGGGCAAAUGUAGGGACAGAGAUUUUCCGUUUACCGGUAAAUAAAACAGAAAUUCUGUUUGGUUCUACUACUAUUCAUGGAAUUCACCCUUGCAAAACGGAAUGCAGGUUUUUGCUUUGUACAUUUUCACUGACAAAACGGAAUCUCCAUUUUUAGAUCAAGUUGAAACAGAAUGACAGAUUUUCAGAAACAGAAAAUCACGGUCUCUAAAAAUGGCUGCCAUUCUGAACUUCGGCCAGCACGAUAGGGUAAAUUGAAUUAUUAAACCUUUUCCUUCACGUAAAAUUACGUCCACCAAAAAGUAAAAUUUAUAUCGUUUUUAGGAUUUUGUUGAAGAACAAAGAUCCUAGGUUCUUUCAGAAAAUGAUCAAUAUGAACCUCAAUUUGUCAACAUCCACAAGGGCUGGAUGAAAAGUGAAGAGGAAGGUGAUGCUUGGCACGCUUAUAAUUAUACCAUAUGACUAUACGAUAGACACAUGCCACGUUACCGCUAGAAACACGCAAGAAGAACGUUGGGUGCGCAAGAGACCCGUUCAGCACUCGUUUAACUCGCUGCAUGUUCGCUGGAAAAGCGUUAAAAGCACGAUAUUUGCACGUUUCGUGCGCGCUUGUUGUUCGCCACCGUACUUGCUACGAAUACUAAACGUACGCCCCUCGCAUGUCUAGCGUUGGUCUAGCUCGCUGUGCGCAUGUCUGGCGUUCUUUUAGCGUGUAGAGUCAUGCGUUGAGCUCUGCGCACAAUUUUAAGCAUGCUUAAAAAAUCUCGAUGCACAAUCGGAUGGCGGCGAAUAGAUAACAGACUAACACGUUUGAACGCUUAAUGCACAAUGACGCACGCACAUCUAGCGAAUGACAACAAAUUGGAAAAGGCUGCAAAAUUUCAAUGCGCUGGCUGUGCGCCCUCAUGCGACACGCAUGUGUGACCAAGCCUUUACCAUUCAAAUAAAAUUAAUAAAAGUUAUGCAUCUGUACUUAUGGAAUACAGGUAUCGUGAACAGUGCAAUUGCCUCCUACAUGUACACUGUAUAUAGUAUCAACAACAACAAAUUCUUGUAUGAAAUGAACAUGUAUAACCAAAAAGUGUCAUGGAGGUUUCAUUUAAACAGCUGAAAGUAUGAUGUAUAUUUGCAUUUACAUGAUCCAUUUUAUAAAUCACAGUGGUGCUUUAAAAAAAUAAAUGAAAAAUAAAACAAGUGGAAUGCCUCUGGCAUUCUCGCCUGCAUUACGCAAUUCAAUAAAGCAGAAGUGCUGAAAUUGAAAACUAUUGAAAAUGUAUUCACAAAAGAAAACAUUCAUAUGAUAGUGAAAUACUAUGUUCAUUGACCCAAAAUGACCUUUGACCUUGAUCAUGUGAUCUAAGACUCAGGCAGGAUCUUUAGUGAAACACCAUUACCCUUAUGUCCAAGUUCCAUGAACUGGAUCCAUAAACUUUCAAAGUUAUGAUAAUUCAAAAACUUAACCUUGAUUAAGAUUUUGAUAUUGAUUCCCCCAACAUUACAUGUAGUUCAUUGACACUAUUAUAUGACCUUGGUCAUGUGACCUGAAACUCAGGCUGGAUGUUCAGUAAUAUUUGAUUACAUUUAUGUCUAAGUUUAAAGAACUAGGUUCAUAUACUUUCUAAGUUAUGAUGACAUUUCAAAAACUUAACCUUGAUUAAGAUUUCAAUGUUGACGAUGCUGCAGUCGGAAAAGUGGAGCCUAAAGAGUACCAAAGCGAUGACAUCAGUUGCCAUGGUGUCAUGGCAGCCUGGUUCUAAUCAAAUGAACCCACCGAAUGAAAGCGUGUCUUACUCAUAGGAGAAAAUGGCUGCUAUCGGAAUUUAAAUCGCUUGCAACCUAUUUUUCAGUCGAGCCAAUGUGUACAGACGAUCGUCAGCUGCGACUCUGUUCAGAACCAGCCCGCCAUGACACCAUGGCAACUGACGUCACACUUUGGUACUCUAUAGUCUUGCUCUGCUCUGCAGGUGAGACAAUAUAUUAGAUUUUCCUAUUGCUUUUUUGGGGGGUGGGGGGUUUAUAUUUGACAGUGUUCUGAGAGUUUACAUACCUCUGCUGAAAAUCUAGGGGGAAAAAAAAUGAUUUUCAUAUACUGUAUCAGCAGUUAUAAAUCUGUACAGUGAGGGUCAAUGUAUAAGUAUUAACCUGAGGCCUAUAAGGACCUGGGCUGGUAUUCCAAUCUGAUACUUGAGCCAGCAGAUUUAAAGUAUUUUACUCAGUAUUUUGCUUAGAUCUAACUCAUCUCUCUACCGUGCUAAGUCUGGCUUGCAUCCAUUUCACAAAUGUAAUACGCGCAGUCAUUCAUUCUGAACACAGAUGGAUACACAUUGCGCAUUAUUUGGUUCAAACUUUUAGGCGUCGCAGUGGUUAACAUUUUGCUUCAAUUUGGUCUGGAUAAAGUAAAAUACUUAGAUGUGUUAUGAUACGAGUUUAAGUAUUUUGCUUAGCCAAGUUAAAUGCAAAGUAAAAUAUUUAUAAAAUCAAUACUUCCAGUUGAAUACCAGCCCUGGUCCCUGUUGCAUAAAACUUUUUACUGGAGAAAGCUUAAAUGAUUUUUACCUGAAUUUUCAACCGUGUGUUAAUAAAAGUCAAUGGCAAAUUUGUGCUAACCCAAGAUUUCAAGUUUUACUAUCUGGAUUAAGUUGGAAUGAAAUGGCAAACACUUAAUAUUGUGCCUGCUAUUGAGUAAGUGUAGGUUAACCAGUUGCCAAACAAAAUAAAACUGAAAAGAAAGGUAUACAAUGUAAAAUGCCCUGAGAGGUUUCCUUUGUUUCAAAUGGUUAGUUACUUUUCUCCCCUGGAUGACAAUAGCCAUUAUCCAUUCGGCAAUGAAGGAAAUGACCUGGACAAUUGGAUGAUUUAAUGUUGAGAAAUUUAAAAGUGUUAUUUGUUCUAUUUGGGGCAAGAGUAGGAGGAAAAGUAAUCAUAAGGUUAAUAGCUUCCUUACUUUUAUUUGCGAAACCUACCAUUGAAUUCUUAACUGGACAACACAUCUAAAAGUUACACCAAUAAAACAGUGGUAAACAAA